GUUAUAUUAUUUUUAUAAUUUUUAUUAUUCGCAAUGACGUCAGACGUGUUUAUUUGAAUCUUUUUCUUAAGACUUAUUCAAUUUUCCUAGAGACCCAAAAGACAGCUUCAGUAAAAAAGAAAAAGAUAUGUUUACAAAUUACUUACUUGUUGGAAUAGGGUAUGGAGUAAUGCCGAUUCAAAUAUUUGGAAUAUACGUAUUGCAUAAAGCAAAAAAUAAAUUAGUUGAAAUUGAAUUUUUAAUUUUGUUGGCUAUUUUAUUAAUCGAUCUACAGAUGGUCGCUUGUCUUGCUACUCAAAUUUUGUGUGAAACUUUAAAUGCUCAAAAAGCACUUAAAUAUAUUACCAUCUACCUAAAUAUUGGUUUAUCGUUUGAACAAUACUGUAUUAUAUAUAUUUUGAUUGCCAGUAAGUUUUCUGAAAUAUAUUUUAAUUUGCGUUAUGACCAAAUUUGGAAAUACAACCGAGUUAAAGCAGCCUUGACCGUAAUAACUAUACUAUCAAUAAUGCUAACAGCAUGUUUUAUGAUAUUUGAUUUAUUAACGGUUUUAUCUUAUUUUUGCUUCGUAUAUUUAUUUCCUGUUACAAAUGGAAUUAUACUGGUUACUAUAUUUAGUACUUUUAUGUAUAUAUUUUACAAAUACUAUCAACUUUAUAACAGAAAAGUUGGCGAACUUUCUAAAUCUUCGUUUAAUGGCAAGGCAAAAAACAAAAAGAAGUUUGAACGGUUUUUUAAGAGCUUGCUUGGUUUCAGCAUUGUUGUUAACUAUGCGUUGUUUUCAAUAAUACCAGGCAUAAUCAUCGGUUGUUUAGUUAAGCUAAAACCAAGUAUCUUAUCCUAUGGUAUCUAUUUUAACACUUUCUUUUAUUUUGGUACUCUAACAGAUGUAAUAAUAUGCAUAUUUCUUUCUUCGCCAAUGAGAAAUCAAUUUAAAAAAAUGUUUAGUCAUUUAAAAACAAAAAAAGAACACAUAAGAAAAUCAACCGUACACCCAACAACAAUUUCCUUCAAUCUUGAACAACAUUUUAUGUGACAAAUAUUUUUUUUAUAAUAAAACAGAUGUAAAUUUUGAUAAACUCCUCGACUCCACUAGAG